CACGCACGCACGCACGCACGCACUCCCGGUCGCACACACGCACACGUGCCCAUCUCUGGUUGGAAUGCCCGGCGGCGCUCCCGGCCCUGCCUCCGCCCCCAGCGAUCUCCCUCCGGCUCAUCUCUGGCGCUAUGUCGGCGAGGGUGCAGCUCAUGUGGCCUUAGCCUUCACGGCGUCCCCGGAUGUCGGGCCAUUUGCCUCGUUCGCUGGCAAGGUCUUGCGCUUGCCCAAGCGGGCCGCCGACCAUCCAGGCAGCGCCAAUCCUGGCCAAGAAGCACGCGACUUGCAGAAGCUGGCAUUUGUCGGGGAAAUCAUUGCACCGCUCAUCGGAGCCCAAUACAUCCAGCAGAGUGUUCCCAUUCGCACGACACCCGAGUUCCGCCGGCAAGUGGCCGCCGCCAUCCGUCCACUGAGGCCCGCCGCGCGGUUGUCCGGGUCGACCCUUCCCCCGGGGAUCAACCCCCUUGAGCUGCCUGGCGAUGAUGACCCGGAUCUCGGCCCGUGCGGCCUGUCGUCGGUUACCAUGGCCACCCUGUAUGAUGACUUGACGCUGCUGCCGGAUUCCUGCUGCCCUGGCGGGGGGAGCACCCUGGCCUUCGAAGUCAAGCCCAAGUGGGGCUUCAUGCCGGCCUCGCCGUUUGUGGCGAGCGCGGCGGCCGGCACUCUCUCCGCGAGUGUCCUCGAGGAGCCGGCCCCAAUUCGGGAGCAGCGGCGGCUGCUAAAAUCACGCGUGUGUCGCGGCUGCAUGCAUCGGAAUCUGAAGGCCAAGGCUGGGCCCGGGCCUGAUCUUCCAGGUGAAGGCCUUGGCGACUACUGCGGGACGGAUCUCUUCUCCGGCAAUGAGGCACACAUUCAUGCUACCCUGUUGGACAUUGCACGGGCACCGCGAAACAAUUUGCGCCUGUUCAUUGAUGGGGACCAACGCCCUCUCGGGGAUCUGGACUCUGCCGAACUUGACACUGGCCUUGACUUGGCCGCUGCGCUGGGGAUAGUGGCCAGGAUCCUGGCCUUUCGCCAGGACUCCAACGCCAUGGCCCACCAUCCGUGCGACCUGAUGUUCCGCCUGGCACAGGCACAGUUUCUGACUGACGUGAUCGACAUUGAGGGUGCCCUGGAGCUGUGUCCGGAACUGUUUGAACGCACCAUUGGGGCCCUCAUGUCGCUGGCGCCCGCGCAGCCGUCUGCCCCCUUCGACUUGAGCCGGCUAUCGCAGCCGCUGCCUGUGUUGAAGGCGCCGCUAUGUGGCCAGGACCUUGACUCUCUUGCGGCGGCUCUGGCGUUGCCGGCUCUCGCCAAGGAGGGUGACAGCGGCCAAGCCCACUCCAUGGCCGAGUGGCGCCGCGAUGUACUCGAGGAUAUCACACACCUCCUGCUGGCCGACACCCUUGCAGGAGCCCCAUCGCCGGUGGCCGUGGACUUUGCUCGGUCCCUGACGGUUGCGGACCUGCUGGGGGAUCGCAUUCGCUAUCUGCGGAAGCUCACUUGCGCGGCCACCCUCAAGGAUUGCUCGGUGUAUGUCACCUUCCAGGUUCGCUGCUGCUCUGCUCCCCGUAGCGGGGCCGAGGAAUCUCCCCCCUGCACGGGUGCCUCCAGUGGUGUCCUCCCCCUGCCAGACGGACGGGAAGUGGUCUGGCGUGUGCAAGUGGCGGAUUUGGACUUCAAGUCCCUUGUGGCACGAUCGGCUCGGUGGCUGUCCCUGGACCAUUUGAUCGCCCGGCGCUAUGGCGAAGCCAAUCCCGCGGUGCUGGAGCGGGCGCGCCACCUGGCCAAGCAGCCUCGGUGCCUGUGGUCCCGGGUCUGAGGGCACAUCCAUAUGCAGGUGCCCCGUCAUCCAAUGCCCUGUGUCCCUGUGCAAGGGCUGUCCUUGAAGGGAGGACGGGCUGUGACCCCCUUGACGAGCUCCCAUUUCCUUCCUCCCCCUACCCUUUGUCAAGAAUGCCAAUGCCUGAGUCUCCUCCCACUCCUAUUUGGAAUACACUUGCCGGAGAGAGCUGGCGCCUUGGCGCUAUGCCCCCGGGCCCCUGUCCGCCUCGCGACUGGACACUUGAUCCC